AUGCAAGAGGAGUCCCCAGAAAAAGACAUCGGCGACGUGACGCUUACCCAAUGCGCCAACAUUGCCCUGGGGGCCUGCCAGCAGGCUGCCAAUGAUGCCAAAGCCCCGUAUCACCCCUGCGGCCACGAGCUCCUUCACGGCCUGAACCAGUGCACUGCGCAGCAGUUCAGGCAGUUCUUUGAGGGGGAGACGCGCGAUGUCUGCUUCGACGCGUCCCGCAGCAUCACGGGCGUGGUGCCCGGCACCAACAAGAUCGCCUAUGGCCCAUAG